UUGGCGAGAGAGAGCCGCCGCUGGAGCCUCCUUCUUUCCUCCCACUGAUUCCGGGCUGUCAUGGCGACCCCCAACAACCUGACCCCCACCAACUGCAGCUGGUGGCCCAUCUCGGCGCUGGAGAGCGAUGCAACCAAGCUGGCGGAGGCCCCCGACGCGCCCCAGGCGGCCAGCCCCGCCCAUUGGCCCAAGGAGAGCCUGGUUCUGUACCACUGGACCCAGUCCUUCAGCUCGCAGAAGGUGCGGCUGGUGAUCGCCGAGAAGGGCCUGGCAUGUGAAGAGCGGGACGUGAGCCUGCCACAGAGUGAGCACAAGGAGCCCUGGUUCAUGCGGCUCAACUUGGGCGAGGAGGUGCCCGUCAUCAUCCACCGCGACAACAUCAUCAGUGACUACGACCAGAUCAUUGACUACGUGGAGCGCACCUUCACUGGAGAGCACGUGGUGGCCCUGAUGCCUGAGCCAGGCAGCCCGCAGCAUGCGCGGGUGCUGCAGUACCGCGAGCUGCUGGACGCGCUGCCCAUGGACGCCUACACACACGGCUGCAUCCUGCACCCCGAGCUCACCACCGACUCCAUGAUCCCCAAGUACGCCACGGCCGAGAUCCGCAGACAUUUAGCCAAUGCCACCACAGACCUCAUGAAAUUGGACCAUGAAGAGGAGCCCCAGCUCUCCGAGCCCUACCUUUCUAAACAGAAGAAGCUCAUGGCCAAAAUCUUGGAGCACGAUGACGUGAGCUACCUGAAGAAGAUCCUUGGGGAGUUAGCCAUGGUGCUGGACCAGAUCGAGGCCGAGCUGGAGAAGAGGAAACUCGAGAAUGAGGGGCAGAAAUGCGAACUGUGGCUCUGUGGCUGUGCCUUCACCCUCGCUGAUGUCCUCCUGGGAGCCACCCUGCACCGCCUCAAGUUCCUGGGACUGUCCAAGAAAUACUGGGAAGACGGCAGCCGGCCCAACCUGCAGUCCUUCUUUGAGAGGGUCCAGAGACGCUUUGCCUUCCGGAAAGUCCUCGGUGACAUCCACACCACCUUGCUGUCAGCGGUCAUCCCCAAUGCAUUCCGGCUGGUCAAAAGGAAACCCCCAUCUUUCUUCGGAGCAUCCUUCCUCAUGGGCUCCCUGGGCGGGAUGGGCUACUUCGCCUACUGGUACCUCAAGAAAAAAUACAUCUAGAGCUGGGCCUGGGGCUUGUGUCUGACUGUUGGUGUCUCUGUGCUGUGUGAUUCUCAACGAGCUCUCAGUAACUCACUGUUUCAUGAACACUUGGACAGCCCUUCCCCGCCCCUUGUUCUGAGUAAUUCUACCGUCAGUGUGAAAACAUUCCAUAGUUUAGAAGUAGAUGUUGCAGUGCCAUGACUUCAUAGAGGCCACGGCUCUACAAAAGGAGAGAGAGAGAAAGUGAGAGAGAGAAAAAUAACAGAAACAAAACACGAACGAAUGCCUUUUCUUUUGAUUCAAGGUCUCAUGAUGGAACUGUGGGGACUUGUUAGGAUCUGAGGUGAGUCCCAGGCCAUUUCAUCCACCAGGGCCCAGAUUCUGGGAGGUGCUGGGAGCACAGAGGGCCUGACCCCUGGCCUCCCCUUCCCUCUUGCCCAGGGAACUCUUCCACAGGACAAAGCCAACAUCAAGAUUCGACUCUUCUAACCAGUACCUCUGGGUGGGGCUGGAGAACCAGAAACCCCUGGGAGGCCCCUGAAGAUCGGAAGGGGCUUCAUUGUUCUCCUGGACAUGGACUGAGACAGCACUGGCUCGAGCCAAGGCAGCAGCACCCAAAAACCAAGCCAUGGUUGGGACUGACACCAUGAGCACACCCUCUCACUCCCCUCCUGAUUUGGCCAGUGUGUUUGGUUUGGCACUUUAAGAGAAAUCCCUGAAGGCAGCAUCCAUCAUCCCCUUCCUGCCUUGAGUUGAGUCUUCCCACCCGGUGAGGUGGGACUUUCACUGAAAGCCAUGUUGACCUUCUCUCGGAAGGUCAGUCCCGGCCCAAGUGCAGGGGUGGGUCCAGAGGUGGAUGAACCUCAGGUCCCUCUCCCAGCCUCCGCCCAAGCCAUCUCCUUUAGGGCCCACCUAUCCCAUCACUCCCAGGGCCCCCCUGCCCCCUACUCCCCACCAUGCCACGAAGGGGGGUCUCUGCAUUCACGCUGCCCACCCUGGUCGGGUCUCACUUUCCUGUGCCUUUUGCAUGAUGGGAAAGGGUCUGGGUGUCACUGCCACUGUGCUUAGAAACCACUGAAAGCCCCCAAUAAAGCAUCCAGGAGGA